AGUGCGUGGAGGCCAGACGAACGAAGCGCGGCGGAGAACACCCUGGUGGUGUACCUGAUCUUGCUGGUCUAUUCAUCGGAUUGGGAUUUGCUUCGAUAUCCGUUGCGAAGAUGUCCGACGACGAACAGCAAGAGCAGACCAUCGCUGAAGACUUGGUCGUGACCAAGUAUAAGAUGGGUGGUGACAUUGCCAACCAGGCACUGAAGAUGGUCAUCGAGGCAGCCAAGCCAGGUGUGUCUGUUCUCAGUCUGUGUGAGAAAGGAGAUUCUUACAUUAUGACUGAGACUGGGAAGGUCUUCAAGAAAGAGAAAGACAUGAAGAAAGGCAUUGCGUUCCCCACCAGCGUGUCAGUCAAUAACUGUGUAUGCCACUUCUCUCCCUUGAAGAGUGACCCUGACUACACGCUUAAAGACGGAGACUUGGUCAAAAUUGAUCUUGGAGUACAUGUCGAUGGCUUUAUCUCCAAUGUAGCCCAUAGCUUUGUUGUUGGGGCCAGUAAGGAAGCACCUGUGACAGGCAGGAAAGCUGAUGUCAUCAAAGCCGCCUACUUGUGUGGAGAGGCAGCACUUCGUCUUGUAAAGCCUGGCAACCAAAACACACAGGUGACUGAGGCAUGGAAUAAGAUUGCUCAGUCAUUCAAAUGCAGUCCAAUAGAGGGCAUGUUGUCACAUCAAUUGAAACAACAUGUUAUUGAUGGAGAGAAGACCAUCAUUCAAAAUCCCACAGAUCAGCAAAGGAAGGACCAUGAGAAAGCAGAGUUUGAGGUCCAUGAAGUGUAUGCUGUGGAUGUCUUGAUCAGUACAGGAGAAGGGAAGGCAAGAGAUGGCGGUCAAAGGACCACCAUCUACAAGCGAGACCCCAGUAAACAAUAUGGACUGAAGAUGAAGACUUCCAGAAUGUUCUUCAGUGAGGUGGAGAGACGCUUUGACGCCAUGCCUUUCACUCUUAGGGCGUUUGAAGAUGAAGGAAAGGCUUGUCUAGGAGUGGUUGAGUGCGCUAAGCACGAACUCCUGCAGCCCUUCAGUGUACUGCAUGAGAAGGAGGGAGAGUAUGUGGCUCAGUUUAAGUUCACAGUGCUGCUGAUGGCUAACGGACCUCUGAGAAUCACCAGUGGGCCAUUUGAACCAGAGCUUUACAUAUCUGAGCAUGACGUUCAGGAUCCUGAGCUAAAGUCACUGAUACAAAGCUCUGCAAGUCGUAAAGCACAGAAAAAGAAGAAAAAGAAGGCUUCCAAGACUGCAGAAAAUGCUGCAGGACCUCGAGUAGAGAAUGAAGUUGCAGCAGAAUAGAUACUCUACAACAAGCCCCCCCCCCCCCCCACACACACACACAGACACAGGCAUAACACAUUCAAUUUGCAAAAACCUUAAUGCAAGUCGUGCCCAUCAGCUCCCCUAUAUAUGUUUUUGAGAAACAUUGGACUGUGUCAUUCGGAAGUAUGUUAAUUUGAAAUUGGACUUAUAGAUGACAGUGACUUUCUACUGAUUUUCAUAAAAAUCUGUGCUUACUUUUUUGAAGCACUCAGUUUUUCUUUGGAAUCUGCAAAACCAGACCUUUUCGAAAUGUCAUGAUUUAAAAAAAAAAACAAAAAAAACUUAGCAAGACUUUUGUAGAGUUGUGGUUUUAUCCACGUGUUGCUAAUCUAAUUUUUUUAAAAAUGCUUUGCCCUAAUGUUUGAAUUCAAACUGCUAGUUAAAUAGUAAUGAAAGGAAGUAGUGAGCAAUUGAACUUUGGAAAAGUUACCCAAAUCCAUUCUCAUUCCUCAGGGUUGGAAUGUUUUUUAGGCAAAAUUGACUUUACUUUUUGAAUCUAAAAUCCUUCCAUGGAGUGUUGGGAGUGCUUUCUGGGGCAUUAGAAUUCUGUGCACAGAAUUCUUAUAUACUUCAUUCUUCUGAAGAUAGAGAAUUUUGAACCGUGGACUUUUGGGAACUACGUUUCCUUUAUUAACUGCCAUCUUUGUCUUCUUUCUAGUCUGACUGAGCUUUAAACCAGAGCGCAGCUUUGUCUGAAUUGAGAAAUAUUGAGAAAUACAUAAGCUAAUCUUUUCCCUAUAAUUUGUUUUGCAUUGGCAUUUUAAAAAUUGAUUUUCUUCUGUGUAAAGCUUGUAUUGGACCAUGAAAGUAUCCCCAGCUCAAUUAAAACUACUCAUAUAAACCUAAUGACAUGUUGAAGAAUAUGUAAUAUUUAGCACCAAGUAAGAGACCAGGUUCAAAACACUGCUAAGCCACUUUCCCAGAGCUUUUUUCUUUCCGUAUGUGCAUAUAUCAGACACAUUUUUGGUAAAGAGUAAACAUGGGGUAUAAUGAGAUACCAGGCUUUAAUCUUCGGAUGUAAUUUUUUUUUUUCUUUGUCUUUAAUUUCUGUAAUAAAUAUAAACCAUUGACUUGCUAUGAUUUGCUGUAACACAUACAAUAUUAGUGGCCUAAACAGAGUUGUUAACCAAGUAUGGGAUGAUUUGUCUCUCUGAAUUUAGCCAUGCAGAUUCCAGUUAAUGUGAAAUUGCAAUAUCGCAACUUAUGGGUUGAGAAAUGGUCUUAAGAUGGGCCUGAGAUACUUGAACUCAAAGUUCCCGGGCAACAUCCUUUAGUCUGUUUUCUUCAACAAGGGUAUGUGGCGUUAAGGACAUACCAGUUUCAUCCCUUGCAACGAUGCAUGCAAAAAUCUACUUAAGUGCUACUAUCUCCCCUUGUGGGGAAUUUUCUACCUGUUAAACAUGAGUGAGCAGGUUACAAGCCAGUCCCAUGAGGAAUGGGGCAGGAGGAAGUGGCUGGUCUCUGAUUUAGGAUUUGGCCAACACUUGAACAUAGCAGGUGGCUGGGCAGAUCAGGUGGAUUUUGAUGUGGCAGUGGGGAGAUGAGUUUGGUUAGCCUUUUACGUUGUUCCCAGAUCGUAUACUUGGGCCAUCCCAGAAAACCUGUGGAGGUUAUUUGGCAUGCCUGAGACUUUGAAAUUGACACAUCUUGUUUUAUAGGAAAAACAGUAUAUGAGACUAUUUUACAACUAAUGAAAUAAAAUGAAACUUUAAAUAUU